ACAAGGGUUUGUUUGAUUCUGUGUCACAUGGAAUGGAUUAUUGGACUGUGGACUCUGAUGGGUAUCGUCCUUACAUGGUGCUGCUACUGGUUUCUGUGUGUCAAAAAGGAAAACGGUGACAGGGUGAAACAGAAGAAGAAGAAGAAGAAGAAGGGGAAAGUUCCAAGAGGUAACAAAGGUUGGCCUUUACUCGGAGAAACCCUUGAGUUCAUUGCUUGUGGCUACACCUCCAACCCUGUCAGCUUCAUGGAAAAACGCAAGUCUCUUGAAGGAGAGGCUUUAUGCAGAUGUAACAGAGAAAAGCCAGUUUUACCAUUAUGUGUUUCACUCUGUGGAAGGUUGAAGUAACGAACUAGAAAUUAAUGACAGGAAAAAUAACAAGGGGGGUAAAUUAGCAGUAAGAAGUAGUGAAGGAACAUAUUACCUUUGAAUGAAGUGAUGGA